GAUUUGACGAUUUAUAAUCCUAACACCCAAGUUAAAUUAAUUACAAGUCUGCGUUAAGAGAGCAAGCUUAGAUAUUGUUCACUUCGCUCGACCAACCUCGACAGAACUAAUAACUUAUGACAGAAAUGGGAAGUGCAUUGUGUCUAUGAAUAACAAGCGCACAGGGUCCCCCUGUCAAGCGUUCCUAGGCCUUCCCACAUACGUCUCGUAGAACACUAGCCUGUUAGCUAAACACACUGGCCGCUUUUGAACUUCACAGGAGAAAGUAAAGCUCGCGAGCACAAGGGAGUAUAACAUGGCCUGUUUAGGCUUCGAGAAGAGGGGUAACUAGGUAAGGCGGUGCUAGAUGACGCCUACAGGUCACCCGCGGCCAACCGUUUAGAGCUGUGAAGCGCGCUUAAUGAGACAUUAACAGCCCUUAGCCGGGCUUAUCCGCGUAUUGAUAGUAGACCGAAAGGCAGAGAAGCCAGCAAGUCGACUCGCUUGUUGUCGGUGGCUAAGUGCACACGAGGGCGUAUAGAGCAGGGGUGCAUCUCCUCUCACGAAGAGCUGUAAUUAGAUUAGCUCGAACUGACUAUGUCAUCUCACGUGGCCCAUCGCAUUUACUCGCCAUCUGUUGUACUAUUUAUUAUUCUAUUAACGAUAAACAACAGCUGCUGAAUGCAUGCUAAAAUUCCAUGUGAAAAUGCCCACAAAGAGGGGCUCUGCGAAGAUUGCACGACCCGCGCUAUGACGGUCUCCCAGGCUCUCGCUGCCGAACCCUUUCAUGAACAAGGUAACUAAUUCAGCGCACAGCUGCAAAUGAAUAACUCACCACUGACUUAAUUUGAUUUUAAGAAGCCAUAAAUGGAUAUAAAUUCUGCAUGAACAAGAGAAUUUGCUCAGUCACUCAAGAGCGAGCAACGAAUCACAUCUCUGCAGAUUUGCCAUUUCGUCUCAAGUUUAGGAUUACUCAUUUGCUGUCCAGCUCAUUUCACCUCGAUUUUCUCGAAUUUCCCCAAGACUGCAGAUCAUCAGGAUUUCUGGCCACUCCUUAUGGCUCACCAAAUUCCAUUCCACUUGCAAUUUCAAGGCCAUGGCGGGCUUAACCAGCUUGGAGGAGCAUUCGUAAACGGCCGGCCGCUUCCCGACUACAUCCGGCACCGAAUCAUUCAACUAGCGACAUACGGCGUGCGACCUUGCGAGAUCUCUCGGCGCUUGCUCGUGUCGCACGGGUGCGUCAGCAAAAUCCUUGGCCGGUACUACGAAACCGGAUCCAUCAGACCAGGCUCAAUUGGCGGAAGCAAGCCUAAAGUCGCAACACCCCCAGUCGUUAACAAAAUCUUACAAUACAAGCAGCAAAACCCGACCAUUUUCGCCUGGGAGAUCAGAGACAGGCUAGUGGAAGAGGGCAUUUGCGAUCGGGAGAAUACGCCGAGCGUGAGUUCAAUCAACAGGAUCUUGAGGAAUAAGGCGGCAGAGCGCGCUGCGCAGUUCGCCAUGCUAGAGAGGGAGCGCCAGCAUCUCGCAUCACUCUACGGGCUGCACCCCUGGGGAGCGGUACCAGACACGCCCAUGCAGUGGGGCUACCCUUCGUUUCAUCACGGUAGUAGCCCGCCAACAUCAGAAGAGCGGAUGGCGCUACAGCAGGAGUUGGAUAGGAAGAUUCUGGCGGACAUCUAUAACGAGGAGAGGAUGGCCAAGUCUCCUGGGUACGAUCACGAGGACGUGAAGGAAGCGCACAAAUUGCGUGAAGAUGAUCUGAGCCCCGAACGAGAGAUGCGCGAUCUGCAUCGUGAAAGAGAAGAAACGGAAUCAAUAACCAGUCACACAGAAGAGCGAAGCACGAUAGAAGAUACUGACAGUCAUCGCCAGUACGAGCCAAGAAUCACCCACGAAGAAGUCAGAGACCGAAUGGACGAGGCUGCCGACAGCGACACGAACGCUAACGACGCCAGCACCGACGAUGAACGAGGGAAAGACGAAGACCCGGCGACCAAUCAGAAACGCAAACUGCGUCGGAACCGCACAACGUUCACUCCGGAUCAGCUUGAGAUGCUUGAGAAAGAGUUCGAGAAAUCACAUUACCCAGAUGUAGCCACGAGGGAGGAGCUUGCUAACAAGAUUGACAUGUCAGAGGCGCGGGUCCAGGUCUGGUUUUCAAAUCGACGAGCAAAAUGGCGGCGUCACCAAAAGAUCAACAACAUACCUCAUUUGAGCCCACACUCACUAGUGGGCAGCUGUUACCCGAUGUGCAGAGAAUGCGACAUGGCAAACAGGCAGUGCUCUAUGAUCAGCAGCUAUGAUCCAACGCUCAAUUCUCUUAACUUGCUACCAAGAAGGGAUACUUCGUCCACGUCGACGUCCCUGAUGACUUCAGAGACACAAUCGACUUCCGGUUGCGGACAGGAGUGCUCGUGCUCGCGAGUUUAGUACGCAUGCUUUUAGACGGGAAAAAGGAAGGACUUGUGUAGUUAUAGCAGAUUUCUAUAGAAGCGAGAUGCAUAUAAGCAGGGUCUUAUGUAAAUCUUUGAGUUCGCUUAAUAUCUUGAAAAACAUCUUUAGUUCGCUUUUUAUUUCAGGAAUAGUUAUCAGAGAGCCACCAUGACCUAGGAGGCUUGCGUUUUGUUUCUCAAAAUUGAAUUGGAAUAUUUGUACAUAGAAAAAUAAUAAAAUGCAGAAAUAUACUAA